GUGGACGUGGUUAAUAUGCACGUUCUUCAAGCCUCCACUACAGAGAGGUCCAUCCCAACUGCUCAGAUGAAGCUGAAGAGAGCCCGACUUGCAGAUGAUCUCAACGAAAAGAUCGCUCUCCGACCGGGACCUCUGGAGUUGGUGGAGAAGAACAUACUCCCCGUGGACUCUGCUGUGAAAGAGGCCAUAAAAGGUAACCAGGUUAAUUUCUCCAAAUCCGCAGAUGCGUUUGCCUUCGAAGAGGACAGCAGCAGCGAUGGGCUCUCCCCGGAUCAGGCUCGAGGCGAAGACCCCCAGGGCUCAGCGGGAUCCCCUGCGGACACCAAAGCUUCUGAGACCCCUUUGGCAGGUCCCCUGGGGGCAAUCCAGGAUCAUUCUUCCAGCUCGGAAAAUGACAAGAAUGACUCGGCCUCACAGCCCAGCAGCCAGUCAGACGCGGGGAGGCAAGGGCUGGGGGCUCUCGGCCCCUCCAGCGCUGGGCACGCCGCUGUGAAGUCCAAGUCCUUGAGCGACAGUAAGAACCGCCACAAAAAGCCCAAGGACCCCAAGCCCAAGGUGAAGAAGCUCAAGUACCACCAGUACAUCCCUCCGGACCAGAAGGCGGAGAAGUCCCCUCCGCCCAUGGACUCGGCCUACGCCCGGCUGCUCCAGCAGCAGCAGCUCUUUCUGCAACUCCAGAUCCUCAGCCAGCAGGAGCAACACCGGCUCAGCUACCCCGGGGUCCACCCAGCACAGCUCAAGGAACCCAACGAACAGAUGGUCAGAAAUCCAAACUCCACUUCAGCUCCACUGAGCAACACCCCUUUGUCUCCCGUCAAAAACAGCUUUUCUGGACAAACUGGUAUCUCUCCUCUCAAACCAGGUCCACUGCCAUCCAACCUAGAUGAUCUGAAGGUCUCGGAGCUGAGACAGCAGCUUCGCCUCCGGGGGCUGCCGGUGUCCGGCACCAAGACGGCGCUCAUGGACCGGCUGCGGCCCUUCCAGGACUGCGCCGGGGCCCCCGUGCCCGGCUUCGGGGACAUCACGACGGUCACCUUCCCCGUGACGCCCGCCGGCGCGCUGCCCGGCGGCCUGUACCGCUUCGGCAGCACCAGCUCCAGCCCCCCGAUGUCGCCCGCCUCGUCCGACCUGUCGGCCGCGGGCUCCCUGCCCGACGCCUUCGGCGACGCGUCCCCGUCGCUCUGCCUGCACGCGUCGCCGGCCCCCGCGGGCGCCGAGGACGCGCCCCCCGGCGGCCUGGGCGGGGGCCCCCCGGGGGGCGCGGAGCUGGACGCGCCCGACGCCGAGAAGGACAAGAUGCUGGUGGAGAAGCAGAAGGUGAUCAACGAGCUCACCUGGCGGCUGCAGCGCGAGCAGCGGCAGGUGGAGGAGCUGCGGCUGCAGCUGCGCCAGCACAAGCGGGGCCAGGGCGCCCCCGACGCGCCCCCGCCCUUCCUGGUGAAGCAGGAAGACGCGGCGGCCAGCUGCGCCUUCGCGCCCCAGCCGCGGCCCGGGCAGAGACUCGGCCCCGAGGGCCCCGCGCCGGCCGCCGGCCGCCGCGCCCCGGGCCCCGCCCCCUGCGAGGCCUCGGGGCCCCCCGACGCCCUCCCUUCCACCUUCCUCAGCCCGCAGUGCUCCCCGCAGCACUCGCCGCUGGGCGCCGUCAAAAGCCCCCAGCACAUCAGCUUGCCCCCCUCCCCCAACAACCAUUACUUCCUUCCCCCCUCUUCGGGGGGCGCGCAGGGAGAAGGCCACAGAGCCCCCUCCCCCGUGGGCAGCCAGGUGUGUGCGGCACAGAACUCAGGGGCACAUGAGGGCCAUCCUCCAAGCUUCUCUCCACAGCCUUCCAGCCUCCACCCCCCUUUCUCUGGAACCCAAGCAGACAGCAGUCAUGGUGCUGGGGGCAAUCCUUGUCCCAAAAGCCCAGGUGUCCAGCAAAAGGUGGCUGGUCUGCACUCUUCGGAUAAGACAGGGCCAAAGUUUUCAAUUCCAUCCCCGCCUUUUUCCAAGUCAACUUCGGCCGUUCCAGAGAUAACACAGCCUCCAUCCUAUGAAGAUGCAGUAAAGCAGCAAAUGACUCGGAGUCAGCAGAUGGAUGAGCUCUUGGAUGUCCUCAUUGAAAGUGGAGAAAUGCCAGCUGAUGCUAGAGAGGAUCAUUCCUGUCUUCAGAAAGUCCCCAAGUUACCCGGGUCUUCCCGAAGCCCUAACGCUGCCCUCCCCAAGCCCUCGUCAUCAGGCCAACUCUCCUUCGAUCACUAUGGCACCGACAGCGAUGAGCACCUUGAGGUCUUAUUAAAUUCCCAGAGCCCCUUGGGGAAGGCGGGCGAUGUGGCCCUUCUAAAACUAGGGAGCGAAGAGCCUCCUUUCGACGGAAUAAUGGAUGGAUUCUCUGGGAAGCCUGCAGAAGACCUCUUUAGUGCGCACGAGAUCUUGCCAGGCCCCCUCUCCCCGAUGCAAACUCAGUUUUCACCUUCCUCUGCAGACAGCAGUGGGCUGCGGUUAAGCUUCACCGAAUCUCCUUGGGAAACCAUGGAGUGGCUGGACCUUACGCCACCCAGUUCUACGCCAAGCUUUAGCUCCCUGGGCCCCAGCGGCCCCAGCAUCUUUAACAUUGAUUUCCUGGACGUCACAGAUCUCAAUUUGAAUUCCCCCAUGGACCUUCAUUUACAGCAGUGGUAG